GAUCUUGAUCGCUCACGGACAAAAUAAAUUAUUCACACAUUCAAUACAUGUAUAAACUUCCUCCAGUAUAUACCUACCCAAUAUAUAGUAUCCGCAGCUGUCAUGGGCUCCAACAGCGAGGGCCCAUUUGCUGGUUAUAGCAGCUGUCAUUUUAUACCUCGGUUUCAACCUGCCAUCCCUCAGGUUGUGGAUCGCCUACGACCAAGGAGACAAUCCCGAGCUUCAGUGCCACAGCAGAGAUCGAAUACCAAGGGAAGGAAGUCGAAGAAUGACAGAACUUUUCAAUACGAACCCCUGGAUCCUGCGAAGCGUGAAAUCAGGCUAUUUGAGCUCUGGCCAGGAAAGCCUGGUAGCAAGGUGGUCGGGCACCUCUUCAACGUCUCUUUGGAUGAAAGCCCCAGCUUCGAAGCCUUGAGCUACACUUGGGGGCCACCUCAACCAACCUAUAACAUCUCCAUUAAUGGACACAGGGCGUUUCCUGUGCGUCGGAACCUGAGGAAGGCAUUGGACGACCUGCGCCAGCCUGACAAGCCUCGUGUUCUCUGGACGGAUGCCAUAUAUAUCAACCAGCCAAACAAUACGGAAAAGGCACACCAGAUCAAGCUGAUGCGGAGCAUAUACUCAUGUGCACAGGUUGUCUGCGCUUGGCUGGAUCACAGCGUGCAGCCAAUGGAUGCGAAGACCUUGCACGUCUCGGUAAGGAAAUCGAGCUUGAUGACUAUGAUCCGUCCUACUGGUAUCCAGUUGCCGAUGUUUUUCGAAAUCCGUACUGGCAAAGGCUGUGGGCCCAGCAGGAGCUCAUCCUGGCCAAAGAAAUCAACAUAUAUUACCAGCGGAAUGUCUUUGAUGGGCAGCAGCAAGGUGAGGGUCGACUACGCCGCACCUGUCAUCGAGAUCUACUUGCAGGUUUUCAGUCUCUUCAUAGACAGGCACAAGAGUAUCGACUUCUUAUGUUUCUCUGAUAGGGGCCCGUAUUAUGCUGCCUCCCGAGGGGAUGACUUCCCAACCUGGAUGCCGCAUCAGCUUGUCAGAUGGAGCCGAGUCAAUGCGAGCCGGGCCUGUGGCUCUAUUACAGCAAGGAACGCCUCCAUUGACUUGAAGAGCCGGGUUCUCUUUGUCCAAGGUCUCUUGGUAGACACAAUCGGAUUUAUUGGACCAAUGGAGGAUUUUUACGAGCUGCCCAUACUUGAGUGGUACUAGAUCCUGGAAGAGCACUGCCGAAGACUCUGGCCAGAAGAUACUGGCCACGAACCACUGUACGAAAGGGAGGAUGUGACUAUACUUCUACACGGUUGGGUUUCAGAAAAGAGGUAUCGCCAACAUUAUCAACAUCAAAAUUUAGAGGCCGACGCAGGAGACAACGGUCGCUUUACUCCGUGCCAUUCGUGUAGCAGCGGAGCAGGUUGGUCAGGACACGCUGACGCUCUGGGACCUUGCUUCUAGGCCAAGGAGUGACUUUCUGACCAAAUAUCAGUUUAUGUGCAAGCCUCUUUUUAUCGAACUCGAAAAAUCCGUGUUCGUCGAAACUGAAUGCCGGCGGCUCGGGUCUCUGGACAGAGUGUUUAAGGUAGAGCCGGGGGACCAGGUUUGGGUCCUCCAUGGGUGUCAAAUGCCAAUGGUUCUUCGACCAGUCCCUGGCAAGAAGGCCCGGUUCACAGUCAUUGGACCGGCCAUCUUUCCGGGGCUAAUGCGCGGUGCGGCAUUGUCAAAUGGAGAAGCUGAGCUGGAAAGCACUGUAGUUGAGCUUGAAUAGGUAGUCCAGUGAAAAAUCCUGGAAGGAACGGGGGGCUAUGUAACGGCGGGAAGCUAUAUAGGUGCGAUCUGAGGCAUCUGAAUGGUAGAUUCAGAU